UAUACCGGUGACAGCCCUCAUAUACCAGUGACAGCCCCUUUAUACCGGUGACAGUCUCCGGAGCCCCGCCCGCCCGCUGCCCUUUGCUGAUGUCAGGAGGCGGCCCCGGAUCUCGGUGCUGUCGGACGCGGUUCGGGAUGCUGCGGGCUCCCAGGUUACAAUAUGGCCGCCCUUCUGGAGUCCUCCUCAGUGGAGCCCUUCAUUCCCGAGGACUUCCCCACCAAUGUGACCGACGAGUGUUACAGUGCCCUCUCACACAGUACGGUCCUACAAGGGCUGCCCUUCGGAGGGGUUCCUACUGUGUUGGCGAUAAACUUCUUGGUGUGGCUGCUCCUCCUCCUGGUCUUCUCGUGUCUCAGGAAGGCGGCCUGGGAUUAUGGGCGUCUGGCGCUCCUGAUAGACAAUGAUAGUCUGACCUCCCUUUUCUAUGGAGAGCCGAGUGACAAGGAGAAGUCGCCCUGUGAGACCAGUCCCUCCGACCUCCACAGUAAAGAUCUGGGUUUCUGUUCCUGGCUGAGCUCAAUUUAUCAGAUGAAGGAUGAGGAGAUCCAGAGUAAGUGCGGGGUGGACGCCAUCACCUAUCUGUCCUAUCAGCGCCAUCUUCUGGUUCUUCUGCUCCUCGUCUGUGUCCUCUCCGUGUCCAUCAUUUUACCUGUGAACUUCUCUGGAGAUUUGUUGGGUGACGGUCCGGCCCAGUUUGGACGCACUACAAUCGUCAAUGUUCCCACACAGGACCGCUUCCUGUGGCUGCACAGUGUGUUCGCUCUCUUGUACUUCUUGCUGACCGUCCUGUGUAUGCGCCAUCACUCCGCCUCCUUACACUAUAGAGAAGACGACAAGGUGGUCCGCACCCUCAUGGUGACUCACAUCCCUCUAGAGAUCUCGGACCCCUCACUGAUCACCAAACAUUUCCAUGAGGCCUACCCCAGCUGUACGGUCACAGACGUCCAGUUCAGCUACGAUGUCCGCAGACUGAUGAAGCUGGACACCGAAAGGCGUCGCGCUAUGAAGGGUCGUCUAUACUUUGCUGGAAGAUCUCAGAAAGAAGGAAGAAUCCUGAUCAAAACCCACCCGUGUGCCCGACUCUGCCCCUGUGACUGCUGCGGCUUCCAGAAAGUAGAUGCGGAGCAGUAUUAUGCGGAGCUAGAGGAGAAGUUUACCGAUGAGUUCACUGCCGAGAGGAACCGCGUCCCCCUGAAGAGACUGGGCACGGCGUUUGUGACCUUCCAGGACGAGAGGAUGACGGCAGUAAUUAUCCAGGACUAUAGCCGUCCCCGUUGUCGUCGAUCGCCCCAGCAGUCGUCCGUCACCCCAGUCGUCCAUUCCCACCAGUGGGGUGUGCGUUACGCCCCGGCACCCAAUGAUGUCAUCUGGGAGAAUCUGGCGGUGUCGGGGCCCAUGUGGUGGGUGCGGCUGAUGGGCCUGAACCUGGUUCUGUUCCUCCUGCUCUUCUUCCUCACCACCCCCGCAGUUAUAGUCAGCACCAUGGACAGAUUCAACGUCACGCGGCCCGCAGAGAACCUACAGAACCCGGUCAUCACCCAGUUCCUGCCCACUCUGCUGCUGUGGACCUUUUCCGUGUGCCUGCCCUUCCUGGUCUACUACUCCGCCUUCUUGGAAUGCCACUGGACCAGGUCUAAUGAGAAUCAGCUGACGAUGCACAAGUGCUACCUGUUCCUGGUCUUCAUGGUCAUCAUACUGCCCUCCCUAGGGCUCACCAGUUUGGAUCUCUUCUUCCGAUGGCUUUUUGAUGUCCACUUCCUAGAUUCAGCCAACCUGAAGUUUCAGUGUGUAUUUUUGCCAAAUAAUGGCGCAUUCUUUGUCAACUAUGUCAUCACCGCCAGCCUGAUCGGCACGGCUAUGGAGUUACUGCGUAUUCCUGGUCUCACGGUGUACGCCACACGUCUGUGCUUGGCCAAAUCUGUUCCUGAGCGUCUCCAUGUGAAGCGGAGUCAGGCCUAUGAGUUCCAGUUUGGCCUGGAGUACGCCUGGACCACGUGUGUCUUCUCUGUGGUGAUGACCUACAGCAUCACGUGUCCCAUCAUCGCCCCCUUUGGAUUGCUGUAUCUGCUCCUGAAGCACAUGACUGACCGCUACAACAUCUACUACGCCUACAUCCCCACCAAGCUGAGCCCCAGCCUGCACGCCGCUGCCGCGAGACAGCUCCUCGCCGCGCCAAUCCUCUGCAUCUUCUGGCUACUGUUCUUCUCUGUUCUGCGUCUGGGAUCCAUGCACCCGAUCACACUCUUUACCUUCGCAACGCUCCUCUGCUGUUUACUCUUCUCCAUUUUUGGUCUUUGCCUCCGAAAAUUGCGUCCAAAGAGACCAUCGAGCUACCAGAUGUCUGAGCAGGGGGAGGGGAUCAUCCAGGAUACGGAGAGCAGCAGUAUAUCAUCCACGCUGCAGUCCACGGUGUUUGUGGCGACCGUAUUACAGGAGCAUGAACUGUCCCCUUUGGCCUCCCCGGCCCGCCCCUCGUAUGGCGCCCUGGAGACCCGCGCUGACAGCCCUUCAGAUACCCCAGAGGUGGAGCACCCACAGGACAGUUACGUGAAAGGGCCGUGCUGCACCGCGGAGGGGUCCCCCUGACACCCCAUCAGGCUCAUACUGAGGUCAGAGUUCCGCCAGGUGCCAAGCACUGUGGAUGGUUGAGUCGCUGUGACAUGCGGAGCAGGCUGCAUUGUGGGUACUGGGCCCCUCCAUGAUAUCGGCCCCGGCUGGUAUAAGGUGCUGGAUGUUGCACACCUGUGCGAGGAAUCCUGCAGCAGAUCAUGUCAUGUAAAGGGUGUGGCUGCCCCUCCCCCUUCAGAUACCUGUACAGCCACCCUCCCUGGCUCUAUUUUUGCGUUUGCAUCGGGAGGACCGAACGUUUCGCAUUUGAAAGUACAAAAUGUUCAGCGGGCGCCGAUUUUAUCGCUGAUUUUUGCCAAAUAUAAUUUUAAAAGAAA